UUCAUUAUGAAUUAAUUUUGAGAAAUUACUAAAGGAAAAGUUAAACUAUAAACUAAACAAAAUGUAUAAAGUAAUUUCACUUGUCAUUAUGAAUAAAUAGACUAAGGGGUUGAGCUCACUGUAAAAUAGGAAAUGUAUUCCUCCAAUCUAAAAGUAAAACUCAUGCAUGUUGGAUGAGUUCAAUACACAAGAGCGUGUUCAUCAGUGGAUGAUGUCUUUGAAUUCUGCAUUCAAAUCUCUCUGACAUUGACAUUUACGGUUGACAAAAUCCAGGAGUCAAUAUGAGAAACCACACUGCAAUAACAACAUUCAUCCUUCUGGGACUGACAGAAGAUCCUCAGCUGCAGCUCUUGCUUUUCCUUUUUCUAUUUCUCACCUACAUAUUGUGUGUUACUGGAAAUCUGACCAUCAUUACCCUGACCUUGCUGGAUCCCCACCUUAAAAUCCCCAUGUAUUUUUUCCUCCAAAAUUUCUCUUUCCUAGAAAUCUCAUUUACAACCUCCUGUAUUCCAAGAUUCCUAUACAGUAUAUCAACUGGGGACAGAACAAUUACCUAUAAUGCAUGCUUCAUUCAAUUAUUUUUUACAGAUCUCUUUGUGAUAACUGAGUUCUUUCUCUUGGCAGCCAUGGCAUAUGAUCGCUAUGUGGCCAUCUGCAAACCCCUGCAUUAUAUGACAAUCAUGAGCAACAAACUCUGCAAAACAAUGGUUGUCUGCUGUUGGCUGGCAACAAUUAUGAUUAUCCUCCCUCCAUUCAGCUUGUGUUUUCAUCUGGAAUUCUGUGAUUCCAAUCUCAUUGAUCAUUUUAUCUGUGAUGCAUCUCCUCUCCUGAAGAUCUCAUGCUCAGACACCUGGUUAAUUGAGCAGAUGGUUAUAGCCUGUGCUGUGCUCACUCUCAUCAUCACUCUUUUGUGUGUGGUUCUCUCCUACAUAUACAUCAUAAGGACGAUUCUAAAAUUCCCUUCUGCCCAACAAAGAAAAAAAGCCUUUUCUACCUGUUCUUCCCACAUGAUUGUCGUUUCCAUCAGCUAUGGCAGCUGCAUCUUCAUCUACAUCAAACCAUCUGCCAAGGAAGAGGUAAAUCUCAAUAAAGGAGUGGCAUUGCUUAUUUCUUCCAUUUCACCAGUGCUGAAUCCUUUUAUAUAUACUCUGAGGAAUAAGCAAGUUAAACUAGCCUUUCAUGACUCACUCAAAAAAAAUUGCAUUCCUUUUAAAAAAGUAAAAUGGGAGUUCCCGUCGUGGUGCAGUGGUUCAAGAUUACAAAGUAAAGAAAAGAGCGCCUGGGCUCAGGGGGAGGCAGGCUUUGUGUUGGAAAACUCUUCACCUUGUGUGGGUGGUGGAGGACUUGGUGAAAACUCUCCAACUGCAGAGCCCUCUGAUGGCUCAGGGUCCCAAGCCAGGCCUGGCUGGGUAAGCACCACCACCACCUGUGCCCCCAAGGCGCAUAUCGCACACUCUCUGGGCACCCCCUGUCGGAUCUGCGAUGGUGGUGCCAUGCACAGGUUUCCUGACUCCAUAUCCCAACACCUAGGGGCUGUGGACCUCGCUGAGGUCUGUGAGUCCCCAGGGGUGCCAGAAGGGCCAAGCUUUGCGGUGUCAGAGGGGAAAAAGACUAACUGA